AAUUCAGCUCAGCAUCUUCACACUUACCAGCGAAAGAAACAUAACUAAUUAAUUUGCCUAGCUAGCUAGCUAGUUAGUUAUAUAUUCUCAGUCACAACCAACACAUACAACACUAGCUAGCUAGAUUUCAUUCCCAAAUUGCUCUCGGAUCAACACCUAUGGCGUCUUCGUGUGUUGUUGGAACUAGUUUCCUCAUUCCCUUGCUUCAUUAUUCUCGUCAACCAUCAACUACCACGAACUUAACAACCACCGCCAGAAGGGGAAAGGGAGUGAUAGCAGCUGGUGUAGGAAAAAAUAAUGGCAGCGGUGAGGUAGAGAGAAGUACUAUGGUGAAGAAACGGCAUGAGAAAUGUAGUGGUCUGAAUUUCUCAGGAGAGAAGCCAGAGACCCCAGUGUUGGACACAGUAAACUACCCAAUCCACAUGAAGAAUCUGUCGAUUGAAGAACUUGAGGCGCUUGCUGAUGAGCUUCGUGAAGAGAUUGUUUACACGGUGUCAAAGACCGGAGGACAUUUAAGUUCAAGCCUUGGUGUGACAGAUCUAACAGUGGCACUUCACCAUGUCUUCAACACUCCUCAGGACAAGAUCGUUUGGGAUGUUGGUCAUCAGGCCUAUGCUCAUAAGAUUCUCACCGGAAGAAGAUCCAAGAUGCACACCAUUCGACAGACUGGUGGACUUGCUGGAUUCCCCAAGAUUGCUGAGAGCCUUCAUGAUGCCUUUGGUGUUGGUCACAGUUCUACUAGCAUUUCGGCAGCCUUAGGGAUGGCAGUUGCAAGGGACCUGAUUGGAAAAAACAACCACGUGAUAUCAGUGAUCGGUGAUGGGGCCAUGACAGCGGGACAAGCCUACGAGGCCAUGAACAAUGCUGGUUUUCUUGACACUAACCUCAUCAUUAUAUUAAAUGACAAUGAGCAGGUCUCUCUGCCCACCGCAACCUUGGAUGGCCCAACUCCCCCUGUUGGUGCUCUCAGUAGAGCUCUCACUAAGCUUCACACCAAUUCCAACUUCCACCAGUUACGCCAGGCCGCUAAGGGCAUAACGAAGCAAAUGGGAAGCCAAGCACAUGAAUUUGCAGCGAAAUUGGAUUCGUACGCGAGAGGAUUAGUAGGUGGGUCUGGCGCAUGCUUCUUUGAGGAGCUUGGCCUGUUCUACAUCGGCCCCGUAGAUGGCCAUCAAAUGGAAGACCUUGUCCACAUUCUCAAGAACGUGAAGGGAAUGCCAUCCCUCGGCCCUGUCCUCAUCCACGUCAUCACCGAGAAAGGUAAAGGCUAUGCUCCUGCCGAAGCUGCACCCGACAAGAUGCACGGUGUCGUCAAGUUCGACCCUAAAUCCGGGAAGCAGAUGAAGACCAAGGCACCCACACAUGCUUACACACGCUACUUUGCGGACUCCUUGAUUGCAGAGGCAGAGGCUGAUGACAGCAUUGUUGCCAUCCAUGCCGCCAUGGGAGGCGGCACUGGCCUCAACCUCUUUCAGAAGCGUUUCCCGGAGAGAUGUUUCGACGUCGGGAUAGCCGAGCAACACGCCGUAACCUUCGCCGCUGGUCUCGCCGCGGAAGGGCUCAAACCAUUUUGCGCCAUUUACUCUUCAUUCCUACAAAGAGGGUAUGAUCAGGUGGCACAUGACGUGGACCUUCAGAAGCUUCCGGUGAGAUUCGCUCUCGAUAGAGCUGGCCUAGUUGGCGCUGAUGGCCCAACUCAUUGUGGCGCAUUUGACACAACGUUCAUGGCUUGUUUGCCAAACAUGGUGGUUAUGGCUCCUUGUGAUGAAACCGAACUCAUGCACAUGGUAGCCACUGCUGCAGCCAUAGAUGACAGACCUAGUUGCUUUAGGUUCCCGAGAGGGAAUGGCGUUGGUUCCAUUCUUCCAAAUAACAACAAAGGCACACCAUUGGAGGUUGGUAAAGGCAGAGUGUUGAAAGAGGGAAGCAAGGUGGCUCUAGUUGGAUAUGGAACAAUGGUACAAAGCUGUGUGGCGGCAGCAAAGGUUCUUGAAGCACACGGCAUCUCAACAACCGUGGCUGAUGCUCGAUUUUGCAAGCCUCUUGAUGGACCAUUGAUGAUGCAACUUGCAAGAGAGCAUGAAAUCUUGAUAACAGUCGAAGAGGGUUCCAUUGGAGGGUUUGGUUCUCAUGUUUCUCAUUUCCUUGGCCUCAAUGGACUCCUUGAUGGCAACCUUAAGUGGCGAGCCAUGACUCUGCCUGAUAGAUACAUUGAGCAUGGAUCUCAGAAGGAUCAAAUUCAAGAAGCUGGGUUGAGUUCAAACCAUAUUGCAGCUACUGCUUUGUCAUUAACCAAUGUUCAAUGGGACAAUCGUUUGCUUCUCAGCAUGCAAAUAUGAACCUUAUUAUUAACAGGAUUUCAAAUGUAAAUAAAUAUAUAACAGUAAUAAAUUAAAACUCUGCCAAAGAUUUGUUAUUAGACCGUGUUUAUUUGAUGAUUAUUAUAUCAAACCCACAUCUCCUUAACUGGAGCAAGGGAUUGAAGGAACCAAAUAUUUUAAUGUAGAUAGAUAGAUUAUUUGUUU